UAUGAGAUGUAACUUGAGUGGAACAGUUAAAUAAGUAUCCAUCUGCGCAAGAAAACUUAGCUUACUAGGAACUUACCCUCACUUUAAUCUAUUUCUACUCAUAAUUAAUUUCUUUAAGAUUGGAUAUAUACAUACAUAUUGAUUACUUAUAUAAUUACAGAACACGAUGUUUAUUAUGAAAUGAAAACAAGAUUGUGUGAUAUUCAUGCCUUUCAUAAAAACUGAAGAGUAUUAUGAAACUGCUAUAACCAGAUUUUGAAAUAAAGUUACUGACUCAGUUCACCAUAAACUGUGUCUACUAAAUGGUACUUACCUAUUUUAUAUAAGUUAAAUCUUUCACAAAUUACAAAUAUCUAUAAGGAUCUCCAGUUUUUGAGAGAGAAAUCUCUCUUCCACAAAGGAUGCAAUACUAUGACUUUACAGACACUGGCUACCUCUUCCUGACAGCUUAUAUAAUUGAAGCCACAUAGAAUUAUCUGUCUUGACUAUCACUGACAAAGAAAUAAUUGCAUCACAUUUGAACUGAGAACACAUUGCUUAGCAUCUGAUUCAAUAAACUUUUCAUCAUCAACAAAGGUCCCUAAAAUGUAUAAAUAAUGAUGACAAUAAUAUUGAAAGUUGUAAUGUCACUCAAGAGAAUAAUAAUAAUUAUGAUGAUAAUGGUGAAUUUUAUUUACUAAGUUAAUCAGUUGGUAACAAAACAAUUCAGUAAUGCCUCAGAUCUAUGAUAGAAUUAUCAAAACCAUUUCAAAACCCACAAACCAGCGUACAGAAUCAGAAAUCAAUAAAUUCCUUCCUUGGUUUCGAAAGAAGUCUAAAUUAUUUAGAAAACUGAAGAGUGAGAUAUUACAAGACAUACUUCAAAACUGUGAUUUUGUAUCUAAAAAGGCAGAUGAUGUAAUAAUUUUACAGGGAGACCAAGGAGAAUGCUUCUAUAUUAUUCUUCGUGGAAAAGUGACUAUCUACAAUUUAAGCAAAGAAGAUGAAAAAAUUACCAAGUUAUCAGAAGCUGAUCUGAAAAAUGACAAACAAGAGCUUGAUAGAAGUAAACUGGGCAAUUUUGUAUGCAAUCUUGUUCCUGGUGAUCCAUUUGGAGAAGUGGCAUUAUUGUCAACAGAUUCUAUCCGGACAGCAACAGUGAUUGCAGAUGAAAUAACAGAUUUAAUGGUAGUUGCAAAAGCCUUAUAUGAGAGAUCAGUGAAAGAUGUCUUGACAUGGGAAUUUCAACAAAAGAUUGCAUUCAUUUGUGCACAUCCCUUGUUUUGGGGUUGGUCACACAAAUACAGACAUCAGCUAGCAAUGGCAGUUUACAAAAUUGUACUGAGUUAUGAUGAAAUUCUUAUUCGACAAAGAGAACCUGUGACUUGUAUAUACUUUGUAUUAACGGGACAAGUUGGAAUAUUUUACAAUACGAGGCUCCAUGCUUUACAAUAUCCCCACCUUGUUCCAUUUAUGAAAAGCAAUUUGACAACAUCUACAGUGUCUUCAAUACAUCAGCAUGAAACUAAAGACAAUUUUAAGAAUAUUUCCAGAUUGAAAUCACGAAGACAAGCUUCCAAAACCAUUCAUUUGUGUAAUCUUGGUAUAAAUGAAAUAAUUGGUGAUACAGAAGUGUUGCUGAAAUUGGACACCAAUCUACAUACAGUAAUUAGUGCUGAAAGGACAGAACUCAUUGUUCUGGAAAUGAAACAUUUUGAACGCUUAUUUGUACGUCAUCAUGUUGAAACAGUAGAUUGCAUGCGUAGACAAUUGGAUGUAAAACUUUGUUCAAGACUAUCCCUAUUGACAGAUUGUCAACAAAAAAUACCCUUACUAGCAUAUCUACAUAACAGAUUAAAGCAGGAUUUAGAGCAACCUCGAAAGUGCAGUAAUCUUCAGGAAUUCAGAAAUACUACAUUUAAUUUCAGACUAGAUAUUUCACAAUUGCAAACAAGACAUUUAUUGCAUAAACAAUCAUUAGCAAAUAUUUUCUUCCUUAUACAACAAAAAAAGUUUCCUAAGAAAAUUAAGACCAAAGUUCAGAAAUGCUUAUUUCCACAAAUACCUAUCAAUAAUCAAGUUUCUGAGAAACCUUCUAGUGAUACAUUAAUAUUUGGUAAGAAAUCAAGUAAUAACAAUUCGACAGAGGAUUCUUAUUCGAGCAUUUCUACUAGUUUACAAGAUUUAGAACAAUGUAUAAGAAACUGGUUGAAGAAAACCAAUUCCAAAAAAAUAGGUACAUUACCUCCUCUUCAUCGCAUUUCUUUUGAGACUUUACAAAAACAACCCAAGCCAGGUUAUAAGUUGUUGGUUCAUCAAAACAUACAUUUAGAUUUGGAUUUAAGAGAUGAAAGCAGUGAUGAUGAUGAAGCUGAAAUUAAUAUCAACAGUGAAAAACUUGAGAAAUGGAAGUUUCUGUUAACCAACCUCAGCAAUUAAAUAAAUAUUACAAGUAUAACAUCAUGUUAGCUGUUUUGUUCAUCAUCAACCAGUGAGUAGCAUGUUAAAUUUGUAUGUUACACUUUGACUCUUGAAAAAUGAUUCAAAAAGACUAGAAAAGGUAUGCAUAAAUUUAAAAACUUUAUUUAAAGAAAAACAACUUGAAUUUUCAGAUAAAGUUUAUACAAAGAACAAACGCUAGUUUAUAAUAUCUAACAGUAAUUUUUCUUGGCUGUUUACAUGUCUAAAUCUAUAAAGCCUAAAUGUGUGUAUGUUAUAGUUAUCAUGAAUGUAAGCAAAAUACUGUGUAAAAUAUGGUCAUUUAUGGCCAACCAAGAUUCAUAUUGGUAUCUAAGGUUUAACACUGAUAUAGAUAAUUAUGUUGUGAUCAUUUAGCCAAUAAAAUUUUGACUAAAGGUAGAAAUAGAGGGUUUUUUUUUAAUUGGACGUCACAAAUAUCUCAUAGACAACCCCACAUUGAUAGGAGGCAAUAUUCAAAUUCUGCCGAGGUCAGCUUUGCUUUCGUCCUUGCGGCGUCAAUAAAUAAAGUACCAGUUGCGCACUGGAGUCGCUCUAAUCGACUGGUCCCAAAAAUUUCAGGUCUUGUGCCUAGAGUAGAAAAGAAUAUUCAUGAAGGGAGGUAAUUUUCAACGAGGGGAGUAAAUUCUCAGUCUCCAACCUCACAUCCUUUUUUGAAACAAACGCUUGUACAGAUCUAACCUUUCUUACAAAGAGCCUUCUACCAAUAUAUCAAUGUCAUUACCUCCGAUGACAUCACUCUCACAUAGAUACUAUUCUUUUCUUUUUGAGUAAAAAAAAAA